UGCAACAUGUUUCAAUUGUCUCAGGCUUUCAGCGUUCGCUCGUCAAUUACAGAACAAAUGAGGAUAUGAUUUUGCGUCGUAAGAGGUUUUUGCUGUUCGCUUUGAGCAGCGGCUGCGGUCUUGCGUCCCGUCAGGCCAUGAAAGAACAAAGGAGGAUAUCAUUUCGCGUCGUAAGGGUUAAGCUGCGUGACAGAAGUGUGUGAUCAAGCAUCACUUGUAUUCAUACCAUGACUGUUGUGCUGUAGGGUUGUGUAUGUUUCGAGCGGCGGCAGCAGUUUUCCGUCCCGUCAGGUAAGUGUACAAGUAUCAGUUCGUGGCCGGUGUUGAUUGUGAACCAAAUUUGUUGUUGCUAUGACCAUUCUACUUGGUUUUACUCACUUGUGUUUGAACAUUACUAAUUUGCGAUUGAACGUACUAUUCAGACACAUUUAUCUCCAGCGCUUCAGAGACAUCGCUUACGCCGAAAUUCAGUGAAUUUUGAAGUCCACCGUUAUCGUGGGUCACCAGAUGAACUCAGACCGCAACCCGUCAUUGACUGUCUAUUGUGCCACGCGACACUGUGUGGCAUAAAGCACGUGUACGUGUGGAAUACUUCGCUACUCUGUGCGCGGGAUGUUUUGUAUGAUUGUGUCGACACUGGAUACCACUUUCAAGAGGUUCAUCUAUCACCAUUGCAUGCUGGACAUUGCUAUUUUUUUGUGCAAUGGCUGCGUAUUUUUGCGCGUCACCUCUAGACUUGCCGUCUCAAUGUAAGUCUGUAUCGGGGAAACGUAAGAAGAGCCACACCACCUUGCGCCUGGAGCACAAAAGCUGAAGCACGAAGCCAUGCAUGAAUGAGGAAUCGCGUUACUAAACUUGGACAACCGCAUAUUUUCUGAUUCAUCCUUCUACUCACAGGCCAACCUAGACACCAAGUCACCAGAGUAAAAGAAGAGCACACGGAGCGCACUAUCGCUACCACCAUGAACAGGCCACGAGAGCCGAAAAAGAAAGCCGGGAAAGCCAUCCGACGCCAGUGUGCAUGCGCAGAAGAUGCGGACUGCUUCGACGACUGCCGGCGAGCCUCCAAGCUCGUCAUUCCAUGAGGCGUUCGAGCUUCACACCAAAGCCCGGCCACUUGGUAUCGCACUUCUCGAGUCACGUGGUUGAAGUUCAUUGCUUAUGUCAUGGCUGACACACGGCUCUCCUUAACUCCAGUGCAGGGUAUUUUCUUCUGGCUCAUCUUGUUCCUUGAAGCUUCCGUCGCACAAAGGAAGUACGGCACCGUGGCUGAUUUGGACAAAUUGGACCAACUACUACGAAAGUACGACAGGCGUGCUCUUCCAUCGGGCCAUUUAGGUCUUCCGACGAGUGUUGGCUGCGAAAUCUACAUAAGAAGUUUUGGUUCCAUCAAUCCUGCCACUAUGGAUUACGAAGUAGACCUCUACCUGCGACAAAGGUGGCGCGACGAUCGUUUUGAAAAGAGCGGCAUUUCUGGACCUCUGGAUUUGAACGACCCCAAGUUGGUGCAGAAGAUUUGGAAGCCAGAAGUAUUUUUCGCAAAUGCGAAGCAUGCCGAGUUUCAAUACGUCACUGUGCCGAACGUCUUGGUCCGCAUCAAUCCAUCGGGAAACAUACUUUACAUGCUACGGCUCAAGCUGACAUUUUCCUGCAUGAUGGAUCUAUACCGGUACCCACUGGACGCCCAGGUCUGCUCGAUAGAGUUGGCAUCAUUUUCGAAAACAACGGACGAGCUUCAACUUUUCUGGUCUCCGGAGUCGCCCAUCAUCCUUUACGACAACAUGAAACUGCCUCAGUUUGAAAUAGAGAAGGUCAACACAUCCCUCUGCAACGAGACAUUUCAUAUAGGGGAAUACAGCUGCUUAAAGGCCGAGUUUUACCUUCAACGUUCCAUAGGAUACCACCUUGUUCAAUCUUAUCUGCCCACCAUAUUGAUCGUUGUGAUAUCGUGGGUGUCUUUCUGGUUGGACGUUGAAGCUAUUCCUGCUCGCAUCACUUUGGGAGUAACUACACUGCUCACCAUAUCUUCGAAAGGAGCGGGCAUUCAAGGCAACCUACCUCCGGUGUCAUACGUCAAAGCAAUCGACGUCUGGAUGGGAGCGUGCACCAUGUUUGUGUUUGCGGCGCUCUUGGAGUUCACCUUCGUCAACUACCUGUGGAGAAAACGGCCGAAUGGAACUCGAAAUUCACGACCGGCAUCCGACAACAGCCUGGCAUUGAAAGUUGUUGAGGGUCACAAAUCCUGCAAUGGGGAUCUGGGCCAAGGUACAAUUUCGCACGGCGCUGAUGUUCACCAUGCAGUACCAGAAAUACCGGACCUACACAAAGUUCAAGCCAAGCGGAUUGACCAGAUGAGCCGCACGGGGUUUCCAGUAGCAUUCAUCAUCUUCAGCAUCAUAUAUUGGCCGUACUAUUUAUUUUGAUGGUGGUUCAUUGCAUUUCGACGAACCAUUCCGAGCCGGGAUGGACAUUCCUUACCCUUGAGUUAUACCUCGUUCUUCCGAGUUAUCGUUCAGGAAAAAGUUCGGAACUUCGCAGCACGGUCGCAAGCGUGGUAUGAACCAUGUUCGAUGCGAUAAUUGCCAUACAUGUGUGAGAUCGUGUGCACACUGGCACUCGUAGCUGUUGUCCCACGGUAGGAUUUUACUAUGUCUUGGCAUGCAUCAUCGGUACAGAAAAUGUCGUGCCUGUUGCAUAUCCCACUGCGUGUUGAAAUGUCCAGACCAUCACAAGGACUGGUGUAUCAUGUGCCGGGUGUUUAGUCGAAACAUUCGAACAUGUGGAGAUGGCGAUUUGUUUGUGCGUAACGCGUCAUAUCCAAGUACAACGUAAGCACAUGCAAAAUGUUUUGCGUUCGCAACGCCUGGGUUAAGCGGUGCGUUUGCAGAAGAUAAGUACGCUUUCACGACAUCACUCGCGCAGUUGUUCCGGGUCACCUGACACGGCUCACUUUUGCUCUUCGCCUGUACUUUGAAUACAAACAACCGACCCUCACUGGACUUCACGAGCCUCCUCACGGCGCUAUAUCCAUGCAGCGCCACUUCAAAUUCGUAAGCUAAUGAACUCAUGCGUCUCACUUAAGGCACAACACGAUGCGCCGCUUGCGGAGUUCUCGGCAUCGAGGUCUAGCACGUAUAGACUUUUGUUUCCUCUGGACAGAGACAGCCUGGAGCUGUCGACUAGUUUUGAGAUUACACUUGUAUUCGAGCGUAAGUAACAUGUAGAUGACACAUGCAAAAUUUCAAACAAUUCUUGUGCUGAACAAGAAAAACAAAUGGCAUACACACGUACCGUUUCUGUUUCACUGUGACGUGAGUAUGAUCUGCAGCGACUCGGAGGACGUCAUUGGGGUGCGUGAGCGAGAUAAAGGUGCUGGAGGGCUGUUUACGGGAUCAAAUCUAAUCAGCAAAUAUCCCUUGAAUGCGUAGCUUCACUGCUUCGCAGGGCAGAAACCGGAAGUUGAUGACCGGUGACAUCACAGCUGUUACAGCGCUAUUGGAUGCGGAUUCGAUGGAAAUAUUUUGUACUCUCGGUCUCACCACCACAAGAAAGCGUUUAACAGCAUUUAUUUAGCUUUCGUUUCGGACCGGACAGAUAAGUUGAUAAGUAAAACAACCGGACCGGACCGACGCUUUCAUAGUCAUCAAUAGGCUUCAUGGUUUCCCACUCCCCCAUGCACAUAAUAUUACACGAACGCAGGACGUCGUGAUGUUCAAAUAUUUAUGCUCUACCCGACGACCAUUAUUUUGGUCCAGGUCAUACUGUGCUUUCCAACAACCGUCGCUGCUCCUAGCAUUUUUUCCCGUCUUCAUUUCGUUCUGUUUGCCUUGUGUAUUGCGCAGCCACUGCGCAGUGAACCACAAGACCGUUGUACCGUGAAUUACGAGUGUUGCUAAAUAAUAAUAAUAAAAAUCAUGUCUCCUAAUUCAUUUUGCACUCCCACGACGCCAGACGUGGAAGUUUUCGGUUCUCAUGUGCGGUUUGAACUUUCCAACCAUCACUUCGUAAAUUUGGUUGCUGUCCUAAAUCUGGCAGGGUAAAAUCAGCACGUCAUAUUGGCGAGUGCUGCGGAUGUGGUACGAAGCGGAGGUGCGUGAUUGAAUUCCUCCGUGCAGAGUAAAUGCAACUCAUUGACAUUCAUUAGCGCUGGCAAAACGUUUAUGGGGACGAAGCAGUGCAUCUGAGCACAGCGAGGAGGUGUACUUCGUGCUCGUAACACUAAUGUAAUCUUUCACAUGCAACUGGGCAGGGUAGUACAAUAAAACCAGCGAGACACCCUAUUGAAUCCUUCCCUCAUUUUUUUAUAAUAAACAUAUUCCCCUCCCCCGCAUCGAAUCGCCAUCAUCUAUUUGCUGAAUUGUUUUUAUUGGACGAACAGAAGCUCAUAACCCUCAAAAUGAAGGGCGUCAAUCUUUCAUGGCCGUAAGUCUUCGGUGAAGCAGCUUGAAGUGGCUUUGUGUAUAAUGAAUGAUAUUGAAAGGAAGGAAAAAUGUUGUGUAGAUACUGUAUAUUCAUAAGAAAUGAAAUGUUGUGAUUAAUUUUGGACAUAGGUAGCAAUUAUUCCAUGUUAAUGGCAAAUGUACAGCAGUUUGAUAACAUGUUUAGCUGCGCCAUUAUACGUUGGCUGCGUAGGUAGGCAUUUGACAGCAUAAAACAGGGACGAGGGGGGGAUGUGUUUAUUAUAUAAAAAAAUAGGAGGGAAAGGUUGGCCACCGCUACAGCGGCUUGCUAUUCCCAAGGUGGGGGGAGGGGUAUCGUUUAUGUAAAGAAAUAAAAAAAAUAAAGAGAGGGCGGUCUGCCUGCCGAGACGGGCGGCGAGUUGCCACAGAGAGAGAGAUGAGGGGAUUAUGUUAAAAAGGUUAUACUUUCUCAUAAGCAGCGUUAUGUUGCUUUCCUUUCUUUCUUUCUUUUUUUCUUGUGAGAGCUAUUAAAGGGCUCCGUGCUUGACUGUAAAAUAUAUACACUCACAUUUGUGGCUAAAAAUUGAUUUGGCGCCCCCAUGCCCCCCAUUAGGUUGUGUGGCCUUCCGCUUGUUCCUCUUGCAACACACCUCGUUACUUACUGCGAACCAUGGGUAUUUUCCUGCAGGUUUAUAUCCAGCAUAUAUUGUUUGCUUUUUUUUUUACACAUUGCCCACAAUUAAGGGGAAAAGUUGUCCACCGACAUUCGUUUCGGUGCACUUUGAUCUCCGGAUCUCUCCAAAAUGCCUGUCUUAGUUUUAAUUCCAGGGGAGGGCAUAAGGGACGUCCUUCUCACGUCUUCCUUAACACGUGAGCUGAAGUAUCGUCGUGCUUCGUUCGUGAACCCGUAGCUUUGCCUUCAGCUCGUUUCAGGAAACGUGAAUGUGAACAUCUGCCCAACAUUGUAGGAUGUACUUCAACAUCUUCAAGCAAUACCUACAGAUUCGUAUCAUCCGUACCGUAUCACAGUGCGAAUAAUUACAAUAAUUUCUGAGAUGCCGUAGAGCGUUAUUAAUAACUUUCACACUGCAUAUAUUUAUCAGAACGUUUGGCUAGGCACGUCAUUUCUGUGUACUUUUAUAGAGUCGUUCGUCUUGUAUCCGCUCUACGCAGAGUCGGCGUUCCUGUACAUGACUAUAUUUUUCGAGGAACGUGAAAGAAAAACGAGGGAACUAUAAUCCAUUGCUGUAUGUUGUAUUGAGCGUGCAACACGUUCACGUAUGAAACCUUUGGAAUGUAGUGUAGUACCGGCUCUGACUCGAUGUGUCAUUGUCGCAGAGGCUCAAUAAAGUGCAUCAUACGUGUA